UUCUAUCUCCAUUUGUUAAGUAAUCUUGUAGAUUAAGAGCAGUGCUUAACUAAAUGUUUCCCUAAUUUAUCAGCUAAUGACCACACGUCUUUCGAUCAAGAUGCAUAAAUUAUGGAAACAGGUGCUCCAUAUGCAGCUAGAUGCACCGAUCUUGGGUCGCCCAAACAAAGCAGCCUCAUUAAGAUCCAGAGAUUGUAAUCAAUCCAGUGGCCAUGCCAGCGGAGUGGAUCCGCUGUGGUGACGAGCGCUUUGAUUGGAACGCCUCUGGAUGCGACAUGCAUAUUAAUUAAUGGUGACCGGUGACUGUUACAUUUGGCUGGGCUCUGGUGGACACCGCGUCGGGCGGAAUUGGGCAAUGCGAAUCGGUAGUGGGAUAUUGCAACAGAAUACAAGACCUGAGAGCGAUUGCAAAUCGCUGGGCAGUCGGACAUGGGAGGCGGACUCAAUCGAUGGCCCUGCAGUUGGCCGAAUUUAUUCAAAUCAGUUGAAUUCGGCGUGGAGAAGCGUAUAGGUGUCGUCGUCUGCUCGGAUCUUCGUGUCAAUUGCAAUGUGCAAAUACGUCUUAAUUGCUGCACUGGCCGUAAUGUGCUCCCUGGUGCGAGUUCAAGCCACGCUGCACGAUCUGCCCCGGGUCUUUGACUUCUCCAACGUGGAUCUGGUGAACUUCCAGUACUUCAAGAACCUGGCAUCGCAGGAUCCGCGCACCGCCGCCACCGCCAAUCCGUUUCUGGAGCACUUUCAGAAGAAGAAGGCGGUGCUGGACUAUCUGGACCGCCUGUUCUUCGGCAACUCCCCGUUCCAGCAGCCCAGCGAGAUACCCUUCGAUCCGCACUUCGGUCGCUCCUGGCGUCCGGUCUACGAGCGGAAGUUCGGAUAUCGCGGGGAGCGCCUGAUCGCUGCUUUGGGUUCUGGUUAUUCGGUGCCACAGCUGCGCCACUUUGGAGCCAUUCCCCGCGAGUAUGGCACUCCGCACUAUCCCAGUUGAGUGCGGAUUGCACAUGAGCUGCUC